AAAUAACCAAAACAUAUCAUCUUUAACUUAUGAACCCAAUCCUUAACGUCCGACGACACAAUCGGAGCAAUCGAAGAAUUUAAAACACCAACAAGGUCGCUUUCAAUCCAACGUUGACGCCAAUUCCAGAAUCCACUUUUAUCACUUUCUUCUUCACACCACUGCCCCCCUUUUCUCUCUCUAGUUCAUCAAAUCAAAAUCACUAAAUUACCAUCACUCCGUUAGAGCUCUAAGCUGAUCAGAUUGCGCAAUGGGAUCCUUGUGUUCUUGUUUUCGUUCGGCUGAGCCGGAUGAUGAAAGUGUGGACUCGGAUGAUAAUGAACAAGUUCAAGAUUCGGGUCCGGUGGUUAAUAGGAAUGCCCAGGAUAACUUCACUUUGUUCAUACAGAAUUUGACUAAUAAGUGUGAAGCGGUCCUUGGAAGAAGAGGAACAGAAACGUCAUCUUGGUUUUAUCAAGGUCAAAGCUCUUCACAACCUAAUAUAGUGGAAACUGGUUCGUCUGGAUCUAGUAGCAGCGGUAGUGGUAUAUCGUUGCUGAGGCAUGAUAAAGGGUCAAACCGUUCUCGGGUAGAACCGGAACCGGUUUUCGAAAGCAAUUUUCUGUCGAUACCAAGUGAAGAGGGCUCAAAGAAAUUCCAUUCUGAGAUCCCUCCGAUGGUUGCCUUUGACAAAGUGAAAAGUAAUGUCAACACUCUUUCGGUUGAUGAUGAGGAUGUUUGUCCAAUAUGUCUUGAAGAAUACACCUUUGAAAAUCCCCGGAUUAUAACCAAAUGCUCGCAUCAUUAUCACCUAAGUUGUAUUUAUGAAUGGAACGAGAGAAGCGAAACUUGUCCAGUUUGUUCCAAGUUAAUGGUUUUCGAGGAGAUGGAUUGAUCACGAUACCCCUUUUGAGUUCACGACAAAUGGUUUGAGAUAUAAAAAGCCAUUGGCUUGAACAAUGAUCAAGGAAAGAAGUAAUCUUGGAGACAUACAUUGCACAUAUAAACUAGCUCAUGGGCAAAAUGUUAAAAGACCAAAAGAUUGAUACUUUUUAACAGUUUUCUUCAAAUGGUGAAAAAUGGUUUUUGUUUUCGUCAAUUUCUGAUUGGUAUAUAAAUGCAUGUUUGGAUGGUUUUUUUUUUUUUUUUUUUUUUGUUGUAUAUAAAAUGUCUGCUUUUGUCAUUUGCUUAAAAACGCUUAUUUUUUUUA